AUGUACGGAUACUCAGAUUGCUACAGAAUGCCUCGCAGUACUUACACGGGAAGACGAGGUCGGCCUCCACGUUCCUCUAGUCUUGGCAGCCGGGAACGUCCUUUUCUGCCCUACAAGAUCUCAGAGCCUGAUAGUGAUGGUGGUCCUAGUAGGCACUUCUAUCCUUCUAGGGUGAGUAAACCUCCUAGGGCUCCUAAACCACCUCGUGGUCGCCGCCGCUACAAUAGUAGCAUGUAUAAUUCCUACGGUAGUUUUUCAGGCUACUCUGGAGGCUAUGAUAGUCUGUACGGGCGUCACGGUGGAUACUGUGGUGGAUGUUUUCAGACCACGAUACCGAUUCUUGCGUAG